UCAAAACACACUGCACAAACUUUUAAACUGAGAGAGACAGUGUCUGUGCCAGACUGACAAAAAUGGAGGAUUCCCAGUUCGACGUGAUAAUUGUAGGAGCUGGCGUCAUGGGAAGCGCCACAGCCUACCAAGCAGCCAAACGCGGCCUAAGGACCCUUCUUCUGGAACAAUUCGACUUUCUCCACCACCGUGGUUCCUCCCAUGGUGAAUCUCGCACCAUUCGUCUCACUUAUCCCCAACAUCAUUAUUACCCUUUAGUCAACGAGUCUUACAAACUCUGGAAAGAAGCUCAAGCCCAAGUGGGUUACCAGGUCUACUUUGAGGCCCAUCACCUGGACAUGGGCCAAGGCGACCUCCCCGAGUUGCGUUCUCUCGUCCACUACUGCCAGAAACACCGCAUCCCCUUUCAACUCCUUAACCGCGACCAGGUUGCGGAGAAAUUCUCGGGCAGCAUCGACAUACCCGAGGAUUGGGUGGGCCUGGCGAACGAGCAUGGUGGCGUCAUAAAGCCCACAAAAGCCGUGGCCAUGUUUCAAGCGCUAGCGUACAAAUACGGUGCCGUGUUGAGGGACAACGCAGAGGUAACUGACAUAAAGAAAAAGGAAGGGGGUGUGGUGGUUUUCACGGGGAGCGGUGAAAAGUUCAGCGGUAAGAAGUGCGUGGUGACUGCGGGCGGGUGGGUGAGCAAGUUAGUUAAAACGGUUAGCGGGGUUGAACUGCCGAUAAAGCCCCUGGAGACUCACGUGUAUUAUUGGAGGAUAAAGGAGGGGCAUGAAGGGAAAUUCGCGAUUGGGAGCGGUUUUCCAACGUUCGCGAGUCCUGGGAAGGCUUUCGUGUAUGGAACACCAACGUUGGAGUUUCCGGGGUUGAUUAAGGUUGCUGUGCAUGGGGGAGACCCGUGUGACCCGGAUAAGAGGCCGUGGGGCCCAGGGAUUAUGAUGAAUGAGUUGAAAGAGUGGAUUCAAAAGAGGUUCAGUGGGAUGGUUGAUUCAAGUGCGCCAGUGGUGAAACAGUCUUGCAUGUAUUCAAUGACACCCGAUGAAGAUUUUGUCAUUGAUUUUUUGGGUGGAGAGUUUCAGAAUGAUGUGGUUAUUGGAGGUGGGUUUUCGGGUCAUGGGUUCAAGAUGGCUCCUGUCAUUGGGAGGAUUUUGACGGAGAUUGCGGUGGAUGGAGAAACAAAAGGGGUUGAUAUCAAACCAUUCAGGAUUCGAAGGUUUCAGAUAACAUCUAAGAUAUAGCUGUCUAUUUCCUUGGCUGUCACCAUGUGUUUGUUUCUGUUUUCCGGUGUCAUGAUGUAGCCUUUUGGCAUGUUCCCAAAAGCAGUUCUACGUCAGAUUAAACUUUUAGGUAGUAUUCUCAUUGGGUUUGGGUGUUCAUAAUUCAUGUGCUUCAUGAAGAUUGUAAUAAUGUUACUAAUGCAGUAAUUAUAAAUGAAAAAUAAUAG